AUGUUUUUGACAUUUGCGGUUAUAUCAUCAUCAUAUGAAUGGUGCGAAAACUCGAAUGGUGCAAUUAGUUAUGGUGUAUUUGAAACAUGUACCAAAAAAGGGUGGUCAUAUUCAACAGAUACAAACGAUUAUGACCAUUUCAGUUUUGAUGACACUUGUUGUAUAAAUAACACGAAGACUUUAGCAAAUACAGGUACUUAUGCUCGAAAUUAUCAGAAGUAUUUUCGGUUCCAAGGUAACAUGUCCAAUUUUAAAACAUUUUUCAUUAGAGACCAUUAUCCAAAUACACUUUACGACUUUUAUGAAGAUUCAAGAUAUCAACCAUUUUUCAUAUCUUUUGGUUGUUUCAACAAAGAACAAGAUUGUCGAACAGAGGUUUAUGAUUAUACAAAGACCAUAAUAGGACUUGAGUUACGUUCGGUUUCACUAUUUUCUGAUAUUGAUCAGCACUUUGACAUUUGGCUAAGAAGAAAUCUGACUUCCAUUCCAUAUGUUCAUGUUGAUGGAUUGGUCUCUCAAACAGUCAAUUUUAAUUUCAGUGAUAUGUCAGCUUGGGAAGGUGUCUAUUCUGGGUCGCGUUACUUGUUUAGCGGGUCUUCUCAAGUUGAUGAAAGUCGAGUCACUUUCACAAAAAGAAGUUCUUCGGAUGGUUGGGUUGCAAAAGUGGUGUGUACAAGAAGCAACUUUAAACGUAUAAUGCUGUUUAAAGAAAAUGAAAUAACAGGAGGUGUUAAUACUAAUUUGUGUGGAUGUGAACCUAACAAUGGUAAUUUUACAUAUUCAAGCAACUUCACAUACCCUGACUGUGAUUAUAACAGCACGUACCUUGAUUUGGAUUUGUCAAAUUACUCAAAAUAUAAUAACACUUACACACUUACUUUAUUUGAAUGGAAUACUAUUAUAAUAUCACUUCAAAAAAGUUACACAUUGACCAGUAAUAGUACAAAUUCUGUUCUAAAAUUGAACUUACUUGUUCUAAAUAAAGACACAAAUAUAUUCUUUCGACUACCAGUUGAAAUAACAACACUUGAAGUCAAUUCACCUUCUCAGACAUAUUUUGAAUAUAGGUUGACUGUUGAUAAUAUAAUUUCAAGUACUAAUGAUAUGGUGUUGUUUUAUUUAAAAGGUUUAUUAGAGUUAUCAACAAACAAAUUAUCAAAAUGCGGAAUGAGAAUUUACUUAUCAACUUCGUUAAAUACACCAUGUAUCUGUGAGUAUAAAAACGGAAAUUUUAUAACAGAAAAAUCAAUUUUUAUGAGUGAUAGUGAUUGUAAAAUGUAUGGAUACGAUUAUCAACUGAAUCUAAUUAUUUAUGAUAGUGUUUAUAGGACGGAUAAUAUCAAUAAUGAAAAUUGGAAAUCUAUCAAUUUUACUUGUGGAUGUGAACUUUAUACAAACUAUUGGAAUUAUUAUAUAACUGCAAUAGAUGUUGUCGUUUACGAUCAUUUGACAAUGUAUAUUAAUCUUAAUGUUUUUGAAAAUUUAAUAUUCAACGAUAACAGUCAAAUUACAGUUAAAAGUAGAUUUUUGUUUAUCAAAAGCGAGAGUCUUAAGUUUUUUAAUUUGUCAACAACAAACAUUGACAGAAAUCCUUUGAUAAAUGUUGAUGAUAGUUCAGUUGAAAUGAAUAGUAUAAACGAAUUAUAUACAUUCGAUUAUAGAGAGUUUUGCAUUGAUGUGAUUUCUUUUCGAUACAAACCCAAUUGGAAUGCAAAACAAUUGAGUUUACUUAGAGGUGGUAAAUUAUUGAGAGUCUGCAAUUCAACAGAUGACCAUGAAACCGAGGUGAAAUGCACUUUAAAUAGAAACAAUUUUUAUGAUUAUAGUAACUACAAAUAUCAGUUGUAUCACUGCCCAUUAAACGAAACAUUGUGUACUGUCAUUGCUAAUAAUAGCGAUUUGGUAAUUAAUGAUAUAUUUAUUGGAAAUAUUCAACAAGAAGUGGAUGUUUUGAACUUAACAAUAACAACUAAUUAUUCAACACACUUCAAAGAUAUUAAGAGUGGCGUUCUUUAUAUCGACAACAAAUCUGUUAAUGGUGCAAGUGUUACUCUAACACAAAAAGUCGACAAACUGUUUAUCUCAUCCAAAUAUCUUUUUCAGCCAAAUUCAAAUAACAGUAACACAAUCGGAUUUUCCACUUAUUUUAAGUGUAGAGCAUUCAAAACUUCGAUAAAUGGGGAUGAUAUGUGUGUACUAUGCAAACAAAAUAUGUACCUUAAAGAUGGAAUGUGUUUUGGAAUCGACGUUUCUUGUCUAAAUAUAUCAUCGGGUAAUACAAACAAAGUGUGUGAACAAUGUGAUAUUAAACAAGAGCCGUAUCAAAAUGAAUGUUUAGAUUGUCCAAACAAUUGCAAGCGAUGUGUGAACCAAAAAUGUGUUUUAUGUGAAGACAAUUACAGUUACAAUUCAGAAGGAAAAUGUGUUGCAAUAAAUAAGACAACAACAAAUGUAGAAUUGUACUCGAAACAGAAAGUUUUGAAAUGUUCAGCGGGCUAUUACAAUACAUUUGAUAUGUGUCAUAAAUGCUCUGAUCAUUGUUUGUAUUGUGAAACGUUUGAAUUUUGUUUAUCAUGCAAAAAUACUCAUAUUUUGAAUGAAAAGAAUGAAUGUGCGCCUUUACCUGAUGGUGAAAUUGUCAUAGGAGAAAAGUUUAUAUUAUGUUCAGAUUCAUACUAUUCAAACAAUGGCACCUGUGUCGAAUGUUCGUCUAAAUAUGGGGAGUUGUGUGAUGUGUGUGAUGACAAAAAGUGUGUAAAAUGCUCAAACAUGGGAGUAUUAGAUUGUGAUGGUAAUUGCAUUGCUUUUGAAUUAAGUGGGUGUGUUUCAUCACCAAACACAUAUUGUUCGGGUUGCCAAAAUCAUUCAAAUUUCAUUUCAGAAUCAAAUGGCGUUUGCAGUGAGAUUUCGAAUUGUAAAAUAGCAACAAAUGGGAAAUGCGCGUCUUGUAACGACGGGUAUUAUUUCACAUCAAAUCAAACAUGUGUUGGUUUGUCGAGUAAUCAAACAGAAAAUUGUGACAUCAUCAACAAUGACAAUGGGAAGUGUAUUCGCUGUGCCAGCAAACACUAUCUCAGUGAUGGAACGUGUUUAAAUUGUCCUAAUAAUUGCAUGAGUUGUAUUAAUGCAACUGUGUGUAUUGAAUGUGAAGGCGGUUUCUCAGUUUCAAGUAACGGGACUUGUACGACAUCAACAACACAAAUGGAAAAUUGCAAGAAAAUGAUAAACCGACUUUUCAUAUGUGCAAUUUGUGAUCAAAAAUACUUCAGAAACGACAAGGGCCAAUGCGAGAAUUGUAUUGACAACUGUGAUGAAUGCAACCAGAAAAACACAUGUUUAAA